AUGACACAAACAAGGGCAGAAGAGAAGCAUACGACCAGAGUUAAAACAUUUGACAGUUUGUGUUGUAAGUCAGGUUUGCUGCUGUCAAUUGUGUGCUGUAUCGCACUUAUUCACGUAGAACUUCGAGUACAAGAACAUCAUCAACUGAUUUCACACUCAGUGACACGUUGUGGUCAGUUGGAAACAGAAAUCCUUCGAGUGCAUCAGAACAAUGGAAGAUGGAGAGUAACCGAAAGCAGCGAUUCAGAUUUAAGAGAGGAGAUGGAAGGUAAGUAUUGAGAAAAACGAGGGCAAAGAUAGGUGGUCAUAAUUGGCUUCCGCCAGGAACAAGGUGAAUCGUUUUAGGCCUCCGGUGAGCGACGUUUAAUAAUGAUCUCCUUUCAAAAACACUGGUUUUUCUUAAAUCAACCAUAAACGUCAAGACGAAAGAGGAAAUGAUCAUCAGAGGUAAAUUAGUUUGCUUCUUAACGAAAUGUACUCACUCAAAUAAGCCAAUUUUGCCCCGCUUCUGGCAAGCCAAUCAAAAAGAGGAAAUCGCUUUUAUUGGCAUUUGCUUUUACUGAUUGUCACUGAGAUUUAUCAGAUCAGCAAAUUUCACGUUCUAUUAUCUUUCAUAAGGUCAAGAAUCCUCGUCACGACAAAAACGCACUUCACCAGACAACUCACACGCGAAACCGGUCAAAACAGCUUCUGAUGUAAAACUGCUGAUUAAAGAAGAGCUUCGUUUGCUGCAAAAUCAAAUCUGUGCCAAAGAUGAAAAGCUUUGUCGACCAGGACCAAAAGGUAACACAGGAAGGCGGGGGAGACGAGGACCCCAAGGUAUAUCGGGGCCCCGGGGGAAACCCGGCCCAGCAGGACCUCCUGGUAAACAUGGACCAAUAGGACCUCAGGGACCAAUGGGCAAAAAGGGGGAUCCCGGACUGCAGGGUCCGCCAGGUCCCACGGGACCUAGAGGCCCAUCGGGUGAGAAAGGGGCACCAGGACAAUCCAUCUCGGCUCCUUCUCUAUUGCAAAGUCCUGAACGAACGACAGUUAACAAAAGUCAGACAGCCAUCUUGAAAUGUACAGCGGUUGGCAAUCCUCCUCCCAAGGUCACAUGGUCUAAAAUUAAUUCAUCACUUCCUUUCGAGCGUCACGUGGUAGAGUCCAGUGGCGCUCUGAUUCUUCAGGAUGUUAGACCUAGAGACGAAGGCCAGUAUACCUGCAAAGCUGAAAAUUUGCUGGGAAGCAUUAACGCAACAGCGAAGUUAACGGUGCAGUGUAAGUCAUUUUUUCCCUUAAUGAAUGGUUUUGGUCUUUAUAGGAACUGAAAAGGUUUGUUAAUUUUAUGUCAUGUGAAAUAGGCUCAGAAAGUUUAUUUUUUUCGGAAAAAUCAAAAUUGGGAUUUCUUUAUCCAUUCUUCCUUCCUUUUUCAGUUCUCUCUAAGCUAUUAUUAUCAAAAAAUCGCCUCAUGGCUGAAGAGAAACAAAACGUAACCAUCAGCUGCAGUGCUACUGGUCAGCCGCCGCCUAGCAUCACGUGGUCUAAAGCCGUUGGUAAUUUGCCAAAGGACAGAAAUGAAGUCAUGCAUGGAGCCCUAACGAUCUACCAAGUGACAAGAGAAGACGGUGGAACAUACAUUUGCAAGGCAGAGAAUAUAUUGGGAUCAGUAACAGAUACGGUUGUACUCAUGAUAUUCUCUCCUUUGCGGUUCAAAGUCCGUCCUCCUCAAGAAUUGACUCCGGUGAUUGACUCCACUCUUCCUCUGCCUUGUGUAGCCGAGAGUGACCUGAGACCUGUAAUUUCUUGGUCAAAGGAUGGCUCUAUACUUCCUGUUGGUUCGAGAGUUCUUAAAAAUAACACUCUCGUACUAAACAGCAUCAAAAAAUCACACAGAGGAUCUUAUACCUGCAGAGCAACUAACGCCCUCAAAACGAUAGAAACAGAAGUUAAAAUCAAUUCUCCAGUGAGGGCUACUUCCUGUUCUGUUAUUAUAAAGAACGUCAGCAGUGUGAGCGGAAACUACGUCAUUGAUCCUGACGGCGAGGGAGGUAUGGCACCGUUCACCGUUUAUUGUAACAUGACAGCUAAAAAUGGAGUUGGCGUGACAGUCAUCAGUCACGACAGUGAAAGCAGAACAUCCGUGAAAGGAUAUGAAGGUCAGGGUAGUUUUUCCCGUGACAUUCAUUAUACAGGAGCGAGUCUCUCUCAGCUGGCGAGUCUCACCACAGUCUCUUCACAGUGUGAACAGUUUAUCAAGUAUGAGUGUUACAACUCGGUUUUGCUCUACAAGAACGAUCCGUUUGGUUGGUGGGUGUCACGUGAUUCUACUAAGAUGGCAUACUGGGGCGGAGCAUCUGGCAAUAGUAAGUGCGCAUGCGGGAUGACUAACUCGUGUGCAAACCCUAGUUAUGGCUGUAACUGUGAUGCGAAUGACAACGCAUGGCGUCGAGACAGCGGUCUCCUUACUGAUAAGACCAAGCUUCCUGUCAAACAACUCAGGUUUGGCGAUACUGGCGACGGGGCCGAACAAGGUUACUACACACUUGGAAAACUUAAGUGCUUUGGGACCGCAUAG